CGCGUACGUCCCGUCGAAGACAUUGACGUCGAGAUGGCAGCUCAUUACCAAAUUUACUAUCGAGCUGCAACAUGAGCUACAUGGAGAAGCCCCGCGCGGAGCCAACGGAGGCGACGCCCACGACGACCGACGACUACGAGAUCGUCAACAUGCCAACGCCCGAGGGCAGUGUGCAAGAGGUCUCGAUCGACGCCGCACACGACAAAGCCAGCGUGGAUAGCAUGCAAGAAGAAAACACAAGUGAGCCCAUGGCAGCCGACGUGCCCGACGAGGAGGCCCACCCGGAGCUUCCAACGGCCAUCACACAAGAACCUUCAAGCACCGAGAUGACGCCCGAGACUACGACAGAGCUGCAUGCGCAAGAGCCAGAGCAGCAGACUCAACGCGAUGAACCAACACCGCGUGACGAGGAAAGCACAACAGAAGAACCAAGCUCCCACCAACAACGAGCAGCGCACGACAAGGACCACGUCGCUGCAGAGUCGACGACCAAGCCGUCAAGUUCGACGUCCCGAACCAGUACCCUGUAUGCAUUCAAGCGUGUGCCCGUCGUGUCGAGGGAAGAGCAAAAGCGCGCUACGGCAGUCAAGUCCCCAGAGGCGACACCACCACCAAGAACCGCGCAUCCGCAGACAUCCAUGCCAUUUAUCUUCAUGCAGUCGUCCCCGUCGCCGACGCACGAGAGACAGAACCACACCACGCAGCAGAAAGCUCGCACUCCGCCACAGCCCAAGCACAUUCGCAUCGUCACGCCGACGCAACAGCCGCCAGUGCAGCGCAAGAAGCCCGUGACGGUCACCGUUCGCGUCAACGGUGUACCCGUGGCGCGCGAGGUCGUGGGCGACGAAGACAUAGUGUUUGACAUUGAAGCCCCGCAGCCGCCGAGAGUCGACUACGCCGCCGAGAUCGCCCGACUCCAGCGUCUCCAAGAGGCCCAAGAAACGCGCGACCGCCAGCUUUGGCUGUCGCAAAUGGGUAUAUCCCACCGCCCCACGCUGCACGAGUCUUCUUACAAUGCCCAACCUCGCAUGUACUACAUGUACUAACUAAACACUGAAAAAAUAUACUAGUAUGCUUUUUGUUGCGAACA